AUGUCAAAUUCAUAUUAUCGGUGCAAAAAGAUAAAACUGACGCUUUAUCAUAUGCAACCUAUUCCUGAAAAUAAACCGAUCGCAUCUACUUCCGCAGACACACAAGCAUCUGAUAUUAAUGUACAGAUGCGAGGAAAAUCGCGGAACACAUCGAUUCAGAUCGCGGAGGAGAGGAACGAAGAUGAAGAUGAAGAUGACAAUACUUGUUGCAAUCGCGCAACCUUCUGCCCUCCGAUAUUACGGGAGACCCUCGUGACCGACGUGAUAUCCGCGUGCUUCAAUCUACAACUGACAUCGGCGAAUCUCUUCUGGUUCGGGACUGUGACCGGCAUGAUCCUGCUGGCCUGGGCCGUUCUGUACUUUUGGUUGGGUGACGUAAUGUUACCAGGCGGCAGCGUCUUCGGCCUCCUACUUCUCAUUCUUUUCUCCUACGUGCUCGGCUGGACUCUCUCUUACAUCCCUCGGCUUCAUCUGCCGCCCAUCUUCGGCAUGCUCCUAGCUGGUAUAAUAUUACGCAACACCGAUGUCUAUAAUAUACACGAGGAACUCGGACCGCGCACGACUUCCAAGAUCAGGACCUUCUGCCUGACCUUCAUCAUGGUACGUGCCGGCCUGCAGCUGACGACGACUGCAUUAAGGGCGCAUCCUGUGUUCGUGAUGAUUCUCGCACUUGUGCCGUGCACCGUAGAGAUGCUGACGAUCACCGUCUCCUGCAGAUAUCUUCUCGAUUAUCCGUGGAAUUGGUCUUUUAUGACAGGGACAAUCGUGGCCUGCAUAUCUCCGGUUGUAUUGGUUAACUGCAUGCUCACUCUAGCUGAACAAGGUUACGGAGAAGAUAAAGGCUUCACCAGCUUAUUAUGCACGGCAGCAUCUAUCGACGUCGUCCACAUGGUGUCUCUAUUUUCCAUUUGCUUCUCUUUCGUUUUUAGCAAUGAUGACAGAAGAACAGAAUGGUGGUCUUAUAUCCCUGGUGGGAUUCGAGAUUUCCUUCUAGGACUUAUAAUAGGAAUUAUCUUGGGCUUCGCCUUGGCCUUUCUUCCUCAUCGCAAUCACAAACAUGCAUUGUGGUAUCGCAUCGGCGGUUUGGCCCUUGCAUCUUUGAUGUGCACCACAGCAGCAUCAAGACUUGCGGUUACAGGUGGAGGAUUUCUCGCUACCGUUAUAUUAUCGUUUAUAGCAAUUCACGGAUGGCGAAUCUUAUCAGUUUCGUAUGAUGCUACGCCUUUUCAUAAAGCGUUUUAUUUCUUGGGGCUUAUUGUACAACCGAUUUUAGGGGGAGUAAUCGGGGCUGAUAUCGAUUUUAGAAAUUGGGCUGCAUCGAAAUUUGGACUCUACCUCGCCUGUGUACUCAUAGGUAUAUCCGCGCGCGGUAUCACCACUUUUCUAACGACUCUAAGAAUGCCCUUCACGUUGAGAGAACGAUUAUUCGUCGCUAUAGCUUCAGUACCAAAAGGAAGUUUACAGGCAGCGCUAGCGCCGAUGGCGUUCGAGCGUGCUAGAAAGGAGGACGAUCCAAUGAAUAUCGAAUUAGCCCUCGAUGUGGUAAGAUUAUCCGUAAUUACAAUAGUAUUUCUGGCCCCGCUUGGCGCGCUCGGCAUGAUGACUAGUGGCCCCUUUUUCCUGAAGAAGAUCAGUAUCGAGGAACAAAAAAGGGAGCGUGAAUUGAGCUAUUCGCGCAUCGUAGCUCUGCAACCCGUUAUAAAGCGCAAACGAAAGAAAAAAUUUAUUGCAAAUGCCAAUAAUAAUAAGACACUUCCGCUGAUAGAAUCGACACUGUAG